AUGACCAACAAAUCAGCCCUUAAACUGCCUGAUGCCAGCAUCAGCGACCUCAAACAACUGCUCGAUACUCGAGCCAUCACAAGUGUUGAGCUUGUCGCACUUUAUCUGCAUCGCAUCGGCAAAUAUGACUGUCGAGGUCCUUGUCUCAACUCAAUUACUCUGAUAAACCCAGACGUCUUCACCGAAGCUCAAGCCUCGGAUGAUUACCGUGCCUCGGGAAAACCACCGCGACCUCUGGAGGGUAUCCCCUUUACCGUCAAAGACAGCUACAAGGUUAAAGGCAUGACUGUCGCAGCUGCAUCGCCUGCCUUUGCAAAGCUCGAAGCUACUUCUGACGCUGCCAUUGUUGAACUGCUUCGUAAAGCAGGCGCUAUUGUACUUGGAAAGACCAACAUGCCCCCGAUGGCUGACGGCGGCUGUCAGCGUGGAUUGUACGGACGGUCCGAGAGCCCAUAUAAUCAGAAGUAUAUGCCCACCGCUUAUGCAUCUGGCUCAUCUUAUGGCUGCGGUGUGUCUACUGCCGCGAGCCUGGCUGCCUUCGGCUUCGCCGGAGAAGCUGUCACUUCGGGUCGCUCUCCAGCAUCCAACAAUGCCCUGGUCGCCUAUGCACCCUCCCGCAGUGUGAUUCCUCCCCGAGGAUUAUGGCCUUUGUAUCCAACUUGCGACCAGGUCGUUCCUCACACAAGGACUAUGGAUGACCUAUUUCAAGUUCUAAACGUUGUUGUCGCUCAUGACGGCGCUGCCGGCGACGCUGACUUUUGGCGCUCACAGCCAUAUGUAUCACUCCCCAGGGUUAGUGAGAUUCGGCCUACAGACUAUCUUACGUUGGCCGACCCAGAUGCGCUUCGGAACAAACGACUGGCUGUUCCUCGAUGUUUCAUUGGAGUUGAAGGUGCCAAGCCAGUAAACGCAUGUUCUGCUGGCGUCCAAGCACUAUGGGAGAGAGCGCGCACAGACAUCGAGAAGCUGGGUGCCACCGUGAUUGAGACUGAUUUCCCCCUCUUUGAGAACUAUACGAGACAGGACUUUCCUGGACAGAGCAUGAAUGUCCUUAAUCUACCCGAGGAAUGGCCAGCGCUCGAGCGAUGUGAGAUGAUCGCCUUGAGUUGGAACAGCUUCCUUCGCGAUAACGGUGAUAAUGGUAUACCAAGCUUCACAUCUGGAGUCGAGCUUGACAAGAUUCACCCUCACAUCGCCCCAAUGGACGACCCGUCUCAGCACACAGAGUCCCAGAACCAGGUCCGCUACGAGGACAUGGUUACUGCGGUAGAAAGCUGGGGAGACAAGAGCCUCGCUGACUUACCUGGGUGUUGCGAGGCGCUCCAGGCCUUGGAGGCCAUGCGGAAGAAGGAUUUGGAGGACUGGAUGGCCGAGAACAACUAUGAUGCUGUGGUGUUUCCGACCAAUGGAGAUGUUGCGUUGGCUGAUUCAGACGAAAGCUACGAGUCGAUGGUUUCUGCACUGCGUGAUGGAGUCAAGUAUGCCAAUGGUGGCCGAUCGCUGAAGCAUCUUGGGGUCCCUUGCAUAACUGUGCCAAUGGGUAAUCUUGCUGAAGAGAAGAUGCCUGUCGGGCUAUCUUUCUGCGGCAGAGCGUAUGAUGACUCUAAGCUACUGAGCUAUGCUUUUGCCUACAAAAAAGCCACGAAACGUCGGGAGCUUCCACCUUUGGCGCCGUUCCUACCUUCAGAUGAGAUCACUGUCACCGUUUCUAGUGCUCCGUCGCCUGCGCUCGCAACACCAAUUCUCAACAUAGUAUCUGUAUCAUCUACCAGCGAGGAUUCCUCAGACUUGGAUGUUCGCGUGGUAAAAGCAGCGGGAACUUGUCACUUGCCCGGCUCAACCGAGUCUCCAAUCAGCUUGGAAGUCUUUGCCAAUGGUGAGACAACAUCCACCGUUAGUUGGUCCGGAAACGAUUGGGUAUGGACGGCUCGCCGCACUCGGCCCAAGCGGGACGACAAGUACCCAGCUCUAGCAAAGGUUCCGAGGGAUCAGUUUCUUAUUGUCUUCGUUGCCAAGGCAGAUAAUGGACGCUCAUCAGGAUCUUUCACCUUGCUUGACUAA